AUGGAAGCUUUGGUUCAGCUUGUCACCGUGCGAAACCUCCCAUAUAACUGCAAUACCUGGCCUGAGUUGCAUGCUUUGCUCAUGGCAGCGAAUUCCACUGCGGAAGGGCUGAUCAGCACCUCACAUGGCCACAUUCAAAAGCUUUGCAUGAACUCCUAUGCAAUCCAUAAAGAUAUCUUACGAAAACGGCUUCAAUCUUCGCCUCCAAGCUUCACCUCUGCCGACGUAUGGAGCGCGCCGAAUCACAAAGGUUUCCUCGGAAUAUGUGUCCAGUUCAUGCAGGACGACCAAAGAAACCCUUCUCAAGCAUUGCUGGCUUUACCUGAGCUUCCUGGCAUCGAUGGUCCCGGUAGUCACGGUGGAGGUGAACAAUGGAAGCUGCUUCAACCAGUCAUUGAGGACUACGGCAUAUCAAGUCUGCUAGGGUACUUCACAGGAGACAACCACGGUUCCAAUGAUGUGCUUUGCCGCCUGAUGAGCAGCUUUCUAGAGAGUCAAGGCAUCGCAUGGAAUGCAAAGCAUCGACGGAUCCGCUGCCAUGGCCAUGUGGUCAAUCUUUGCGUCCAGGCUUUUCUUUUCAUGGACAACAAAGAGGCCGUACUCGAGGCAUGUAGACAGAUUGAGGAGAUGGAUGAAGCGCCGUGCGACUUGGACAUGAUGCAAGGGUGGAAGAAGCGGAAGGAACGUGGCUGGAGCCAACUUGGUCCGCUCGGCAAGGUGCAUAAUAUUGCGGUUCAUAUCAGAGCCAACGAUUACAGGUACAACACUUUCCGUCAGCGCGCAGGGAAGGUUCUCGGGCUCGACAACGACACACGCUGGAACUCUUGGUUCCUCCUACUGGAUACUGCUCUUGAAAAGGAGGAACACGUCAAGUGGUAUCAAGACAAAUACUACGAGACACUUGUCAAUGACUAUCUGGCACCUCGAGACUGGCAAGCCCUUCGAGAUAUAAGAAACUUCUUGCAGCCAUUCUGGAGAAUAACACUCCUUACUGAGGGCUAUCGCUCAACACUAGACCGCACGCUCUUCACGAUGGAUGUCCUUCAUAAACACUACCAGCAAGCUUUCGAGAAAUACAAGCUCAAUCAACAACUUCUCGGCCCGGUGCUGACCAGCUGGCACGUUUUCGACAAAUAUUAUCGGCUUUCUGACGAGACCCCGGCAUACGGUGCAGCCCUGAUUCUUCAUCCGUCUCGAGGAAAGGCUCAUAUUGAGAAAAACUGGCCCAAGUCAUGGCAUAAAAGAACCUUCGACGCAGUGAGAAAGCUCUGGGAAGAAGAGUACAUGGAUCUGCCGACAAUUUCUGUCACGCCUUCCAAGGUUUCAGUACUGCAACAGGACGAGUACGACUUACUCGCACAGGAACUCGAUGUCAUAGGCAAGGGACCAGACGCAGACGAGUACGAAGCCUUCACAUCGCAGUCGCCUAUUCAGAUUGACGGUUCACCACUUUCCUGGUGGCAUCGUGAUGAACACCGUGAACGUUUCCCUCGGUUGUCCAAGAUGGCGAUAGACAUACUCUCAAUACCCGCCAUGUCUGCGGACCCAGAGCGCACAUUCUCAGGCGCAAGGCGCACUAUCUCUUGGGAUCGAAUGCUUCUCGGAGCAUCGACAGUCGAGAGAGAGAGUGCCUGA